AUGUUCUUAGAACAUGGCGCCGACGUUCACCGAGGUGAUGUGAUGUUCUUUGCUACUGGGCCAAAGAGAGCAGUAGAAGUCACGAGAGUGUUACUGUGCAAAGGCGCAGACCCGAAUCGCCUCCGCUUUGAUGGGCUAGAACCAGGAUACAGACUGGACCUUGUGCUUGCUCUCUUGAAAGGAGGCGCUGAUGUGAAUGUUAAGGAUACACUUGGCAGAACACCGAGGAUGCUGGCGGAACUAAGGCGUGAAUCUGAGGUCCUUGUUUUGCUUUUUGCACGAAAACAGGGUCUGCUCUAG